AAAUAAUCGGUUCGUUCAUUAAAUGCUGCAGUUGCCGGUAUUUUAUUUUGUUAAUAAUACUGUGGUGACAUGUUUAAAAAUGAACUAUUUCAAUGUGACAAACGUGACAUAACGUCUUUACAUUUUUUUAACCCUUCAUUUAUAUGCCUUAUGAGAUUGUUACUGAGCGCUCUAAAGAACUGUUUUCAAUAAAUUAGUUUAAAAAGCCUUUUCGAACUAUAAAACUCUUCUAUGCCCAUACUUUGGGAGCCAACGAUUUCAACCACGCCUUCUUUCUCCUAAUUGGCUCGUUUUUAUCAACAAAAGGCUGCGUGGUUUUUCUAAGAGAGCACCGUGAUUGGCCUACGUAACUGCCAAUCAUUUCUACCGCUGCUUUAUAAAGCUCCGCGCUGUAUCUGCUGAGUCCGAUGUGAGGUGAAUCUGCGUCGGCAUCAAGAAACACCUCCGGUCGUCAACUUUUCCACUCUUAUUUCCCCCUUUAUGUUACAAAGAUGAUUAAUAACCCACCAAAUAACCCUCCACUGAUGGAUCUGUUCCUGUAAAUCAUUCGUUCGACACUGAAGUUGCCGAAGUUUGAGACGUUUCCAGGUGAGCCAUGAACACGAAUUGUCAACGGAGAUUACCGGAGUGACGGAGGCGACAUGCCCCGUUGGGACGUGCCUGUGACCGGGGAGGCUUAUGGAAUAUAGCCCGCCGCGUCCCAGCCCGCGUUGCCGCAAGAAGAAGGCGCUCGUCCUCAGCAUCAUGCUCUUCAUCUGGAUCUUCGUGCUCUACUCCUGCGUGGGUCCCUGCUCCACGGGAGUGCUGCUGGACUCGCCCCGGGACCGGGAUGGGGCUCCGGCGACGGGCGAGAGGACCGCGCGUGCCGAUUUGCUCUCCAGGCUCCGGUGGGAGGACGUGGACUACUACGAGGAGCCGGCGGCCGCCCGCGGAGCCGCAUCCCGGGACUUGCUGCUCAGCGACGAGCCGGAACCCCGGGUCCCGGAGCCCAGCCCCAUGUCGAGCUUCUCCAACGGCGCCGGGAGCAAGAAGCUGCCGCAGGCAAUCAUCAUCGGGGUGAAGAAGGGAGGUACCCGGGCGCUGCUCGAGUUCCUGCGGGUGCACCCGGACAUCAGGGCUGUAGGGGCCGAGCCGCACUUUUUCGAUCGCAACUACGACAACGGCCUGGAGUGGUACAGGGAUCUGAUGCCCAAGACCCUGGAAGGCCAGAUCACCAUGGAGAAGACCCCCAGCUACUUCGUGACCAAAGAAGCGCCCGCCCGAAUCUCGGCCAUGUCGCGGGAUACCAAGUUGAUCGUGGUGGUGCGGGACCCGGUCACCCGGGCCAUCUCGGACUACACUCAGACGCUGUCCAAGAAGCCCGACAUUCCGUCCUUCGAGAGCCUCACCUUCAAGAACAGGACUACGGGCCUCAUCGACACGUCGUGGAGCGCCAUCCAGAUCGGCAUCUACGCCAAGCACCUGGACAACUGGCUGCAGUACUUCCCCAUGGAGCAGAUCCUGUUUGUGAGCGGCGAGCGGCUCAUCAGCGACCCGGCCGGCGAGCUGGGACGCGUGCAGGACUUCCUGGGCCUCAAGCGCAUCAUCACCGACAAACAUUUCUACUUCAACCAGACCAAGGGGUUCCCGUGCCUAAAGAAGUGA